AAUGCUCCAACUUACAGAUCUUAUGAGGGAGGUGGGGAAAAUAAUUGUUCGAUAGCAGCCAACCAUUCAUCGAUCAUUACUCCUUAUUUGCUGCUGUACAUGGUUGUACAUGUAGCUUCCUUCCAUAAAUUUUGUCUGAAGCAGAGGUCCUCUUAUGCAACACGGGCGAUACGAUAGGAAUGGUCAGGGGCACCAGCAGCGGAAUCCAGUGAACGGUCCUUUUCGUACUAGUAACAGAGAAGAUAGGACUCAGCAGCAGCAGCAACGUCGAAAGCAGCAGCAGCCGUUAGACGACAGGCAAGCCAGAUCCAACCACAAUGCUACUACUUCCGCUACUACUUCAAACAAUCAUCAUCCCAAGCAAAGACGGGAUGAUCCAGAACGGAAUGAGAGCAGUCGUCAUGACAGUCGACGGAGAAAACGGAGGCGGAGGAGUCCAUCUUCCCAGUCUUUGUUGAGCUCGUCCAAAUCCUUGUCCAGUGAAGAAGGCAGGAGACUUGACGACGACGACGACAAAGGCAAACGAAGAAGAAGUCGUCGCCGUCGUGGUCGUGAUAGACGAAAGCGAGACUCCUCUCAUGAAAAGAGCAGUCGCCGUCACAGCAGAAGACACAAACGAAGACGGCGAAGCUCGAGUCCUUCAUCGUCUUCGUCAUCCAGAUCACCAUCCAGACAUCGAGGAGUCGUGAGCGACGAUGAUGACACGCGCCAGCACAGCAACAACAAUAAACAUGGAAGAAACUCUGCAACACCUGCUGCUCAUUCUCAUCACCACCAUCGACAAAGAAAUCCCUCUGCAAUUAUUAAUAAAAAGCACCAUAUCAAUAAUAAACAAGCCAAUAAAGAGCAUCCACCAAAGGUGGAGAGUGUCGUGUCUUCCUCCAUGGCACAACACGAUGACUCUGUGGGACACUUUAUGGGUGGACGCGGAACUAUUAUUGCCGACCAUUUCAGAGUCGAACGAGAGCUGGGGAUUGGCACUUUUGGCAGAGUGGUCGAAUGUGUCGACUUGCGUCGAAGAAAUAAUAACAACAAUGUGGUCGCCAUCAAAAUGGUCCGCAAAAUCAAACGAUACUACGACUCGGCCGUCAUUGAAGCGAGGAUUGUGGCAAAUGUCAAUCGCCGAGGAGGUCGCGGAGUGACCCAUUUUGCGGUCAUGUUCGACGCCUUUAACUUUUGCGGUCAUUACUGCCUCGUUUCAGAGAGUCUGGGCCCGUCCCUCUUUGAUGUCCUCAAACGCAACAACUACAAACCCUUCCCAUUUCAACAGGUUCGAGAUUAUGCGCUUCAGCUACUGGAAGCGGUUGAUUUUCUUCAUUCUUUUCGGUUGAUUCACACGGAUUUGAAACCAGAGAAUAUUCUACUCGCCAAUCGCAGAGAAUUUUCGAGAGGGGAUCAUCAGAAAUGGCCUGAAUCCACAGCCAUCAAGAUUAUCGAUUUUGGAGGUGCCACAUACGACGACGAGAAAAAGUCCUCCGUCGUCAAUACACGCCAAUAUCGUGCACCGGAAGUGAUACUCAGUUGUGGAUGGAGCAUGCCAUCGGAUCUAUGGUCCGUCGGUUGUAUCCUGGCAGAGUUGUACCAAGGCGAACUCCUGUUCGCAACACACGAUAACAUUGAGCAUUUGGCAUUGAUGGAACGCAUCAUUGGUCCAUUCCCGGGUAGGAUGCUCGAACGAGCCAGCCACUUUUGCCGGCCCCUGGUGGACGAGGCAUUUGAUGCCCGCGGCCGACAUCGAAUGCAAAAAGUCCUUCGGGCGGAAAGUGCCUCGUAUGUACUCAACUCUCGCCCACUGGAAGGAAUUGUGCACCAUCAUGGUCAUGAGAGGUUCUUGAAUCUGCUGCGGAAUAUCUUGGCCAUUGACCCGGGAAGUCGGGCAACCGCCAGGCAUGCACUGCGCUUGUUUGGAUGAUCAAAAAGGAAGCGUUGCUUUGAUUCGAUUCGAUUCC